CCAUUUACAUUCCUAUCAGCUGGAUGGUGUCAGUUGGCUGGUACACUGCUAUGGCUCUCAGCGUGGCUGCAUCCUGGGGGAUGAAAUGGGACUUGGGAAGACGUGCCAGACUAUUUCUCUGCUUGUUUUCUUAUGGGGGGAGCUUAAAAAGAGGCCUUUUUUGAUACUUUGCCCUUUGUCUGUGCUGAACAACUGGAAGGAAGAACUGGAAAAAUUGUCUCCCAGCCUUUCCUUUGUGGCAUAUGUGGGGGAUAAGGAAGAACGGGCAAAGCUCCAGGAGGACUUGAAGUCCAGUGAUAGUUUCCACAUUCUCCUGACAACUUAUGAGCUGUGCCUCAGAGACGCUGCAUUUCUGAAAAGUUUUAAUUGGGCGUGCCUCGUGGUGGAUGAAGCCCACCGGCUGAAGAAUCAGGAGUCGCUGUUUCAUAAAACGCUUACUAAGUUUUCAGUGGACUUCAGGCUCUUGCUGACUGGAACGCCAAUGCAGAACAGCCUUCGAGAGUUAUACGCCCUGCUUACUUUUAUUGAACCGGACGUAUUCCCUGAAGCACGUGUGGAAGAAUUCGUUGACUGCUAUCAUGGAAUCGAAAAGGAAAGCAAAGCAGCCACAGAACUCCACACUCUUCUUCAGCCCUUCUUGCUCCGGAGGGUGAAGGCGGAAGUGGCAGCUGAACUCCCAAAGAAGGCAGAACUGGUGCUCUACCACAGCAUGUCAUCUCUGCAGAAGAAGCUGUAUAAGGCGAUUUUAAUGAAGGAACCAGGAGCAUUUGAAAACGACACAGGGAAGAAAGUGAAGCUCCAGAAUAUCUUGAUUCAGCUCCGGAAGUGUGUUGCCCACCCAUACUUGUUUGAUGGUGUUGAACCAGAGCCCUUUGCUAUUGGGGAUCAUCUAAUUGACGUUAGUGGAAAACUGAGCUUAUUGGACAAGCUUCUCUCAUUCCUCCAUGCUGGCGGCCAUCGAGUGUUGCUGUUUUCCCAGAUGACUCGAAUGCUGGAUAUUCUACAGGACUACAUGGAUUACAGAGGGUAUAGCUAUGAGCGCCUGGAUGGCUCAGUCCGUGGUGAAGAGAGACAUCUUGCCGUUAAGAAUUUUGGCGCUCAGCCCAUCUUUGUCUUCCUUCUGAGCACCCGGGCAGGUGGAGUCGGCAUGAAUCUAACAGCAGCAGACACAGUUGUCUUUGUGGACAGCGACUUCAACCCCCAAAACGAUUUGCAGGCAUCUGCGAGAGCCCACCGGAUUGGCCAGGAGAAGCCGGUAAAAAUUAUCCGCUUGAUUGGAAGAGACACAGUUGAGGAGAUAAUCUUCAGGCGGGCAGUCUCGAAGCUGCAGCUCACCAGCACCGUCAUCGAAGGGGGCCAGUUUGCACUCGGGGCCCAGAAGUCCCAGGAGGCAGCUGAGGAGCAGGAAACGCUGAGUGAAAUUCUAAAAUUUGGUUUGGACCGAUUGUUGUCCUUGGAUGGUAGCCCCCUCUGUGAUGUGGACCUGGGACGUGUUCUUGGGGAAACACGAGGAGGAGAAUGGGUGAUGGAUCUUGUGCGGCCACCCGCAGAAGGAAACGAAGACCGAGAAGCAGAAAGUCACAUGUACCUGUAUGAAGGCAAAGACUACUCUAAGAACCCCAGCCAAGAAGAUCAGAAGGCCUUUGAGCAGUUGCUAGAUCUGCAAAAAACUCUCCUUGAAGAAGAAGGAAGAGUUCUCAGAAACAAAGCUAAUGUUCUUGUCCCAGGCAUCCCAGCAGGACCCAGUAAAAAAAAACCUAAGCUGAGUCCAGAAGAGCUGGAAGCUCGGCGGCAAAAACUCCAGGAGGCAGCAGCAAAGAAAACCCAGCUGAAGGAAGAAAAGAGACGGAAGAAGGUGGAAGCUGAACGCCAAAAGAAGAUGGCCUGGUGGGAAGCAAAUCAGUACAGAUCUUGCUGUCUCGAGUCAGAGGAAAGUAGCGAGGAGGAAGAAGAGGGACAGAGGCUGGAGGUGGACCUGGACUACGCAGACCCAGAUAUGAGCGCCAUCCAGUAUGUGGUGGGCGAUGUCACCCACCCCAGAGCAGGAGAAGAAGAUGCCAUCAUUGUGCACUGUGUGGAUGAUUCUGGACGUUGGGGAAGAGGAGGCUUAUUCACAGCUCUGGAGAAUCGUUCAGACCAGCCGAGAAAAGUGUACGAGUUUGCUGGAAAGAUGGAUGACCUGAUGUUGGGAGGAGUGCUUUUCUUCCCUGUUGAUGACAAAGAAUCACGAAGCAAAGGCCAGGACUUGCUGGCUCUUGUGGUAGCCCAGCACCGGGACCAUUCCAACAAUUUGUCUGGGAUUAAACUCUCUGCUUUGGAAACAGGCUUAAAGAAACUGCAUUGGGCAGCCAAGAAAAGGAGUGCAAGCGUCCAUUUUCCUCGCAUCGGCUAUGCAACCAAAGGCUUUAAUUGGUAUGGAACGGAGCGCCUCAUUCGAAAGUACUUGGCCAGAAGAGGAAUCCCCACCUUUGUCUACUAUUUCCCUCAGAAUAAAGCAGCGACGUCUUCACAAGGCUUCGCCUCAUCAGCACCAAAUCCAUAGCCCUGAAGAGGAUCUCAGCAGAAUAGCUUGUUUUCUUGGGCCUUUUGUGAAAUGUUAAAAUGGAAUAAAGACUCUGUUUAUAUGUUU